AGCCGACCUGUGACGAUGAGACUGUCACAGGUCGGCUCAAUAGAUCGGGAAUCUUUUUUUGAAAAGUUGGCUCUGAAUAUGCAGGAUGUGUCAGGAGACAGAGGCGUGUUAAAAGAAAUCAUCAGAGCUGGAUGUGGGGAGACCGUUCCUAUUGAUUCAACAAUAAUUGCAAAGUACUCAGGUUACUUAGAACAUUCAGAUAAGCCCUUUGACACAAACUGGUUUCGACGUAACCCCCGGCUCAUGAAACUUGGAGAAGAUAUCACACUUAUAGGUAUGGAGGUUAGUGUGCUGACAAUGCAGCGAGGAGAGUUAUCGAGGUUCCUUUACUCGCCAGCGUAUGCAUAUGGUGCAUUGGGUUGCCCUCCACUUAUCCCUGCAUCUGCUACCGUCUUGUUUGAAAUAGAGAUGUUGGACUUCCUAGAUACAGCAGAAGCUGACUCUUUCUUUGUUUUGUCCCCGCACCAUCAGUCAGUAUUUCCUUUAGAUAAGGUCUUGGAAAUUGCUACUACUGAGAGAAGGUUCGGCAAUUACCUAUUCAAGCGAAAUCGAUUUCAUGAUGCCAAGGAUAGGUAUAAACGCGCAUCCUCCUGUCUGUCACGUGAUGGAAAGUCAGAGGAGGAGAGAAGACAGCUUGAAGCAGCUCGUCUCCCUGUGAAUACGAAUUUGGCUCUAACAUAUAUGAGGUUAGAGCGUCCUGGCAGCAGUUUACAGUGGGGUGAGAAGGCUCUGGCCAUAGACAACAAGAAUGUUAAAGCUCUGUUUCGGUGUGGGCAGGCAUGUCUUGAGUUGAAAGAGUAUGAAAAGGCCCGCACGUUUCUUUUAAGAGCUCAGAGGUUGGAGCCGUUUAAUUCUGAAAUUAACGGUGAAUUGAAAAGACUGUCAAGCUAUUACAAGGAAUACAUGGACCAACAAAGAGAGCUCUGUCUUCGUAUGUUUGCCCAAAAGGCCUCUAGAAUGGCAUAA